AUGUCAUUCAAGCCAUUCCGUUCCCCACUUCCCAGAAAGCCACAACCCUCGACCACAACUGCCACAGCGCGUGUGCCUUCAAUCCCCGAAGAGCCUUUGCGUAAACGAAGGCGGGUGAACACCUGUGAUGACGGUGACAAGGAGGUAGUAGAAACUUGCGAUAAUGAGACAUACUACAGCGUACUUUGGCGCAAACCUACUGCUAAGAAGAAUAAAACUUGGGAUGGAGACGGAAUCAUCAUUGCUCGGGGCGACUAUGGCUACCUGCAGGAUGUAUCUGGGCGGGAAAUGGGCAAGAUUAUACUGAGAUCUAGCCUGGAACCUGGAGCUUCAUUGUCUAUAAGUGGUAAGGAUGUCGAGGUGGAGUCAGUGCUUAGCCGGAAGGAAUUCCUUUCCACUUCAAAUGGAGCACAGAAAGACAGCAUUGAAAAAAAGAACAACAUUGCAAAUACUCCAUCCCAUAACUCUCGCCUUCCUUCUAAUACAGUCUCGAAACCCGGAAUGAAAAUUUCGCUGAAUGAUUUGAAGACCCAAAAACCCCUUAAUAUGUCUGCCUCGCGGAGUUAUGCCACCAAUAGCUCUUUUAAGAACCCUUUGAAGCAGUCUACCGUGUUACCGCCAGGAUCGAGCGGGCAAAUAACCCCUAGACAUGACCCCACUCUACCUGGCGCUGUGGUAAUGAAAAGACCUAGCUCAGUCCCCCCUGGCAAACAGAUAGUAGAUGUCGUCGUUGACCCGAUUCUAGGGAAACAUCUAAGGGAGCACCAGAAGGAGGGUGUUAAGUUUCUUUAUGAGUGUGUUAUGGGGCUGCGGCCUUUCAAUGGCGAAGGAGCUAUUCUAGCCGAUGAAAUGGGUCUAGGGAAGACACUGCAAACAAUAGCCUUAAUUUGGACCCUACUGAAGCAGAAUCCCAUAUACGGUUCUCAGCCAGUAAUCAAGAAGGCCCUAAUUGUCUGCCCGGUUACCCUUAUUAACAACUGGAAAAAAGAAUUUAAGAAAUGGCUAGGCAGCGAUCGAAUUGGUGUAUUUGUUGCUGAUGGUAAGGGAAAUCGGUUAUCAGAUUUUACAAUGGGACGAAGCUAUAGUGUUAUGAUCAUUGGUUAUGAGAGACUACGUUCUGUGCAAGACCAACUUACAAAAGGGCCUGGAAUAGACAUUGUUGUUGCUGACGAGGGCCAUCGGCUGAAGACUGUGCAAAACAAGAGUUCACAGGCCAUUCAAUCUCUAAACACUACACGCCGAAUUAUUCUUUCUGGGACACCAAUCCAGAACGAAUUGAGCGAGUUCUUUGCUAUGGUGGAUUUUGUCAACCCUGCCCUCCUAGGAACGUUUAAGUCAUUUAUGAGGGAUUUUGAAGGCCCAAUUGUUGGAGCUAGACAGCCAAAUGCUCCUAAGAAGGUCAUCGAAAAGGGGAAGGCUAGAAGUGAAGAACUGGCGGAGUUGACGUCUCCGUUUAUCCUCCGCCGGACAGCUGAUAUCCUUUCAAAACACUUGCCGCCAAAAACAGAGUACAUAUUAUUCUGCAAUCCUACUUCUGCGCAGAGAAGUGUAUACCAUCACGUUCUCGCCUCUCCUAUGUUCCAAUCUGUGUUGAGAAACUCUGAAAGUGCUUUACAACUUAUCACUAUUCUGAAGAAAGUAUGCAACAGCCCCUCGUUGCUUAAGCCGAAGGUAGAGGAUAAUGGCAAAGGUGAAGACACAUCAAUGAGUGCUUUGUUAUCCUCUCUCCCACCGAAUAUUCAUCGCUGUCUUGCUGCGGGUUCUAGCGGGAAGAUCAGAGUUCUCGAUCAAUUGCUCUAUAACCUACAGAGUAAGACGAAAGAGAAAGUCGUCCUGGUGUCCAAUUAUACUUCUACGUUAAACCUGCUGGCAAAUCUCCUGACUUCGCUAGACCUCCCAUUCUUGCGUCUAGAUGGUUCUACACCUGCCACGAAACGUCAGGCUCUAGUAGAGGAUUUCAAUCGUUCUCCGUCUUCAUCUUGUUUUGCAUUCUUACUUUCCGCAAAAGCAGGAGGUACAGGGCUGAACCUCAUCGGAGCCAGCAGGCUUGUACUUUUCGACGUGGACUGGAACCCAGCAACUGACAUCCAGGCAAUGGCAAGGAUUCAUCGAGAUGGCCAGAAGCGACACUGCCAUAUCUACCGUCUAUUGCUCAAAGGUGGAAUAGAAGAGAAGAUCUGGCAGCGACAAGUGACAAAACUUGGUUUGGCAGAUAGCGUUAUGGAUCAAAAGGGUGGCAUAGCCCAUUUUUCACAGGAGGAAUUGAAAGAUUUAUUCCGUCUGGAUGAGAUCUCCAAGUGCCAAACUCACGAAUUAUUAGGAUGCGAGUGUGGUGGUCGGGGAGAGACGUCUAAGGAUAUAAAGGAUGAAGACAACCUUCGUGCAGAAUCAAUCUCCGUUUCUUCUUCCGAGGAUGAAGACCAUGAGCUGGAAGAUUCAGACGACGAGUUCCCUGAUCUUCCAAAGCUGAUGAAAGCGUCGGAGCUCAUGAUAUCUGGAGCACCUCAACCUUCAUCUAAACAGCAGAAAGCAUACGAGAGAGCCAAAAAGCGUUUCUUAAUGCAAUACUCCCAUAUUGAUACUACCUUGUUGAACACCGGAGAACAAGAUGUUGACGGAGACGAGGCCGUUUGUGAUACAAACACAAGUAUUGAAGCAAGUAUUGGAGACGAAGUUCUAUUGUCAUUGCUAAAAGAAGAGAAAAGUGGGGUGGGAUACCUUUUUAAGAAGAGUGGCUUUGCGAAUGCUCCAUUACUCGUUGAUUAG